UAAUACUGAAGACUCCAGCAAUAUCUCAUCCCAGUCUGCAACGCAUCAUAACCCUGAUUACUUGUACUUUCCCAAAUAAUUUCAAAUUUCUGAUAUUCAUAUUUGUACUACGAACAAUCCCUAGUGCAAAAUUAUGGACCAACUUAUCCCAGCCAUCAAUAACCUACAACUGAUUUUUAAAGCAACCGGUGCCGAAGAGAUCAAACUUCCACAAAUUGUAGUUGUGGGGUCACAAAGCUCUGGAAAAAGUUCUGUUUUGGAGAGUUUCGUGGGUAAAUCUUUCCUACCAAGAGGUACUGAUAUUGUGACGAGAUGUCCGAUUAUCUUGCAACUUCUUAAAGAGGAGGACAAUGGGGAAAGCGAGGCGACGUGGAAAUAUCAAUUUGACCAUGAACCAAACGUGGAGUACACAGAUACCGAAAAAGUGCGACAAGCACUUGAGAACAGGAUGGAUGAGCUAACCGAUCAUAAAGAUAAAGCCAUCACAGAUACUCCAAUCAUUGUUCGAAUUCGGUCACCAAGCGUAAUUCCACUCACAGUGGUUGAUCUUCCAGGAAUUGUGCAUCUUAAGAUUGGUGAUCAGCCGGACAACAUUGAAGAUCAAGUACGUGAACUCAUCAUGAAACAUAUAAGCAACCCGAAUGCAAUUAUUUUGGCCGUGAAUCCAGCCAAUGCAGACAUUGCAAAUGCUGAAAGUGUUAAACUGGCUCAACAAGUGGACCCAACCGGGGAGAGAACGCUACUCGUCAUCACCAAACUAGACUUGAUGGACAAAGGGACCAACGCUACCCGCCUCCUUUCUGGAGAGAUUAUCAAGGUUAAUCAUGGCAUUGUUGGAGUCGUGAACAGAUCUCAGCAAAACAUAAUAGACAACGUAUCAGUUGAAGAGGCUCUGCAAAACGAGAGUCGUUUUCUAAAGAAAAAUUAUGCAUCGUUCAAAGACAAAAUUGGCUCUCAAUUUCUUGCAAGAAAGUUGAACCAACUUUUAAUUCAACAUAUCAAAACGUGCCUCCCUAAUUUGACGAAAUAUGUCGAUGAAAAAAUCCAACACCACAAACGCGUCAUUGAUCAGCUAGGACCAUUGGUAAAGGAUUGUGAAAAGCAGAGCGUACUGGAAGAAUCAAUUAUUAAAUUCUUUGAAAAAUUUCACCAAACUACAACAACAGGCUCGCUCGCCAUAAAGAUUUCGAUCAAUGCAGACGAGUUGAGUAAAAAGAUUCGAAAUCACAAUAAUAACAUCGAGGGGAAAAUUGAUAAUGAGAUCAGGGAUGCGCUAAAAAACUACACCAAUUUUGAAGGAUUCGCAUCCCUUGAGGAAGCAUUUAAGAGCGUGUCAAGAAAUAAAAUUAAGGAAUUGCUGCCAGUAGCCAUUAAAGAGGCGCGAGUCAUCCAUACACUCCUAAGUGAGUCGAUAGACUUGUCCCUAGAGGAAGGGGUAAAGUGGCCACAGUUGAGUGUCCUUUUAUCCCACAUCACCAAAAUUACUCUAAGAGGGCAAUUAAGUGAAACUGAGAAAAUGAUCAAGGAAUACCUCAAGGUGCAACGAUGCAUGAUUUACUCGCUGGAACCCAAGUUUAGAGAAAUGACAAAAGAGUGGGAGCGUCAAGAAUUGUCCACAGGUGAACCGAACUACGAAGCGAUUGAUGACGAAAACGUGGAUCUAAAUAAUAACUUGACCAAAUCAUCAAUUAAAUUGGUUCAUCAAGCUGCAGUACUUCCUCUCACAACUCGAGAAAUAAAGCCCAAAACAGUUGACUAUUGUCGCCACUUAGUUUUGAAGUACUGUCGCAUUAUUCAACACGAGGUUGGGGAUUUCUUACCAAAGCACUGUUACUACUUUCUAUACGAGAAAAGUGUAGAGUUGAUGAAGUCUGAGAUUAGAAAGCAAGUUGCUGGAAAACAUAGCACCCUGAUUUCAGAGUCAGAGAGUGUUGCAUUGAAUCGAAAAUACACGGAGGAAAUGCUUAGUAAGCUGUACAAGGCUCAAACUGUCAUUGACAGUUUCCGGCACUCGGUGGAUUUCUCUAGCGUUAUUAACAUCCAAGAAUCUGACACGGAGUAAAUUAUUUUUGGAAAAAACCAUAUUGUAGUGGUUUUUUUUUGAUAAAUGACUAAAUAACCUUGCUAAAUACAAUACAAGUUAUUAAUAAAAAAAAACAAUUUACGCAAAA